AUGGACUCAAAGACAUUCAAAUCCUUAACAAAUGAGUACGAAAUUCUAAAUCUAUUACACUAUAGAUCCAAAAAUCAACAUCAUGCUCAAAAUUGGUUUAAAUAUACAAAUAUAUAUGUUAGAAAAUUAAGGAAAAUCUUAAAAUUACAAAUUGAUAUAAAUAGGAUCAAAAACAAAAUCAAAAUCGAACAUAAAAAGAAGGAAAUCAUUAAACUAGCUAAUUAUUUAAUUAAAAUAUCAAGGCAAGCAUAUUGGAAUUAUAAUUCAAUUUUAGUACUUGGUCAAUUUUUAACUUUGGGGUUAGCAUUGAUUGGAAAUUUAGCUAAAAUAUAUUGUUUGUUAUUAGAUAUUCCUGGAGUUAAUAAUGGUAAAAAACCAAUCACUAUAAAUAUGGAUAAUGUUAAUAAUGUUUCCGAUGUAAGUAAAAUUUUCCCACAUGAUGGUGAAGAUGAUUUAGGAGAGGAAGUUAAUUUAGAAGAAUUGGAAAAAGCAAAUAAGGAGAAUAGUGAAGUUAACGUAGGGACGUCUGUCGAACAAAAUGUAGAGCAAGCACCAACUGAAACAAUAUCAUCUUCAAAAGAAAAUCAAAGCCUGGGUAAAGUUCCACUGGAAGAAAUUGAAACUGCAAAAGUAACAAGAAAAAGAAAAGCAAAUACCGAUUCAUCAAUAGAUGAUAUUUUUGGAAAUAAAAAACAAAAAAAGAAGAAAGCUGCAACCAAUGGGAUAUCAAAAAAGAAAAAGAAAGUAAAGACAUCAAUAGACAGUAUUUUUAAAUCUUAA